AUGGACGGCCUCCCGCCGCCGGCCGCCGGCGACCCGUUCGCGGCCACACUCCCGCCCUCAUUGCCGCCGCCGCCGUCCUCUUCGUCGUCGUUCAACCUCUCCCCCUCGCUGCUCAUCAUCGCCGCGCUGCUCGCGUUCGUCGUCUUCGCCUCCGUCUCGAUCCAUCUCCUCCUCCGCUGCCUCGCCCGCUCCUCCUCGUCAUCGUCAUCAUCGCAUCGGGGCCCGAGCCCGCUCCCGACCAGCAGGGCCCGCCGCGCGUCGGAGGACGAGGCGGAGGUGGGGUCCACGAGGAGGAGCGCAGCGGCGGUGGGGCCGGAGGAGGCGCAGCCUGCGGAGGAGGUGGUGGACGACGAGAAGGAGCGUCUGAUCGCGUCGCUGCCGCUGUUCACCAUGGCGUCGGCGCUGGCGGCGCUUCCCAAGAGCUCCCCCGACUGCGCGGUCUGCCUCUCGCCCUUCUCCCCCGACGCCGAGCUGCGGCUGCUCCCGGCGUGCCGGCACGCCUUCCACGCCGCCUGCGUCGACGCGUGGCUGCGCACCACGCCGUCGUGCCCGCUCUGCCGCGCCGCCGUCUCGCUCCCGCACCCGCCGCUCCCCACCGCGCCGCCGCCCGCGCAGGCGCAGGAGCCGCUCGACUCGCGGGUCAGCAGCAGCAACAACAACUCGAGGAGCUUCCGCGUCGAGAUCGGCAGCGUAAGCAACCGCCGCUCCUCCGCCUCGGGCGACGACCGCCGCACCUACUCGCUGGGCUCCUUCGACUACCGCGUCGACGAGGAGGUGGAGGCCGUCGUGUCCCGCAUCACGCGCCCCGCGGUGUCGGCGGCGGCCAAGUCGGCGACCCACCAGGCCGCGCCGGCGACGCCCGGCGAGGCGCUGGCGGAGGCGGCCGGGUCCCGCGGGUGGCUGCGCGAGUACGUGGACCGCCUCGCGUCUUCGGCCUCCUCCCUCUCCGGGCGGUGGAGCGCGCGGUGGAGCCAGGGCCAGGGACACCACAGCCGCAGCCAGAGCCAGGGACACCGGCAGGACGACUCGUGGGGGUGGGACCCGGAGGCGGCGACGGGCGCGGCGAUGCACCGCGCGCCCGACGAGGAGGAGCCGGCGUUCGUGGCCCUGUACCGUUGGAUCGUCGGGGUAUAG